CGCGCUCCGUUUCCCCCUCACCUCCCCCUCCGACCGAGCGGUGACUUAAGCAACAGAGCGCCGGGGAGCCUAUAUUUUCUCCCUCCUCGCUGCGGUGCAGGGCAGCCCCCCUCCCCUCCGGCCCGCGGCCCGCACUCCGGCCCGAGAUGAAUGCUGCGGCAGAAGCCGAGUUCAACAUCCUCCUGGCCACCGACUCCUACAAGGUUACUCACUAUAAACAAUACCCACCCAAUACAAGCAAAGUUUAUUCCUACUUUGAAUGCCGUGAAAAGAAGACAGAAAACUCCAAAAUAAGGAAGGUGAAAUACGAGGAAACAGUAUUUUAUGGGUUGCAGUACAUUCUUAAUAAAUUCUUAAAAGGUAAAGUAGUGACCAAAGAGAAGAUCCAGGAAGCCAAAGAGGUAUACAAAGAACAUUUCCAAGAUGAUGUAUUUAAUGAAAAAGGAUGGAACUAUAUUCUUGAGAAAUACGAUGGGCAUCUUCCUAUAGAAGUAAAAGCUGUUCCUGAGGGCUAUGUCAUUCCCAGAGGAAAUGUUCUCUUCACAGUGGAAAACACAGAUCCAGAGUGUUAUUGGCUUACAAAUUGGGUUGAGACUAUUCUUGUUCAGUCCUGGUAUCCAAUCACUGUGGCCACAAAUUCUAGAGAGCAGAAGAAAAUAUUGGCGAAAUAUUUGUUAGAAACAUCUGGUAACUUAGUUGGUCUGGAAUACAAGUUGCAUGAUUUUGGCUACAGAGGAGUAUCUUCUCAAGAGACUGCUGGCAUAGGAGCAUCUGCUCAUUUGGUUAACUUCAAAGGAACAGAUACAGUAGCAGGAAUUGCUUUAAUUAAAAAAUACUAUGGGACGAAAGAUCCUGUUCCAGGCUAUUCUAUACCAGCGGCAGAACACAGUACCAUAACAGCUUGGGGGAAAGACCAUGAAAAAGAUGCUUUUGAACAUAUAGUAACACAGUUUUCAUCAGUGCCUGUAUCUGUGGUCAGCGAUAGUUAUGACAUUUAUAAUGCGUGUGAGAAAAUAUGGGGUGAAGAUCUAAGACAUUUAAUAGUAUCAAGAAGUUCAGAGGCACCACUAAUAAUCAGACCUGAUUCUGGAAAUCCUCUUGACACUGUAUUAAAGGUUUUGGAUAUUUUAGGUAAGAAAUUUCCUGUUACUGAGAACUCAAAGGGCUACAAGUUGCUGCCACCUUAUCUUCGAGUUAUUCAAGGAGAUGGAGUAGAUAUUAAUACCUUACAAGAGGUUGUAGAAGGCAUGAAGCAAAAAAAAUGGAGUAUUGAAAAUAUUGCCUUUGGUUCUGGUGGAGCUUUGCUACAAAAAUUAACAAGAGAUCUCUUGAAUUGUUCCUUUAAGUGUAGUUAUGUUGUAACCAAUGGCCUUGGGGUUAAUGUCUUCAAGGACCCAGUUGCUGAUCCCAACAAAAGGUCCAAAAAAGGUCGAUUAUCUUUACAUAAAACACCAGCAGGAAAUUUUGUUACACUUGAGGAAGGAAAAGGAGACCUCGAAGAAUAUGGUCAUGAUCUUCUCCAUACUGUCUUCAAGAAUGGGAAGGUGACAAAAAGUUAUUCAUUUGAUGAAGUAAGAAAAAAUGCACAGCUGAAUAUUGAACUGGAAGUAGCACCUCAUUAGGCUUUGUUUUAUGACGGGGUGUGUGUCUUUGCCUGUGUGUGUGCGUGUACAUGCAGGCACCCAUACACCAGUGUGGGUGAGUGUGUGAUACAUAAUGUUCAUUGUACAGAUGUGCGGGUUUCUUUGUUUUAUGAUACAUUACAGCCAAAUUAUUUGUUGGUUUAUGGACAUACUGCCCUUUCUUUUUUCCCCCAGUGUUUAGGUGAUCUCAAUUAGGCAAUGCAUUGACCACAUAAAAGAUUAAUGCUAAAGUAAGCUUUUUAGGGCCCUUUGCCAAUAGAUAGUAAUUUAAUCUGGUAUUGAUCUUUUCUCAACAGAACUGAGAAACUUUUAUAUAUAACAAAAGAUCAUAUAAAACCGAUUUGCAUAAAGUUGUCAUGAUUGCUUUAUGUUUAUAUUUAACUUGUAUUUUUGUACAAACAAUAUUGUGUACGAUAUAUUUAAAGUUUCAGUGAUUAACAGUCUUUCCAACUUUUCAUGAUUUUUAUGAGCACAGACUUUCAAGAAAAUACUUGAAGAUAAAUUACAUUGCCUUUUGUCCAUUAAUCAGCAAAUAAAACAUGGCCUUAACAAAGUUGUUUGUGUUAUUGUAGAAUUUUAAAAUUAUGUCGGGACACAUCCUAUAGAAUUACUAACCUCACUGCCCCUUGUAGAAUAUAUAUUAAUCAUUCUACAUUAAAGAAAAUAAUGGUUCUUACUGGAAUGUCUAGGCACUGUACAGUGAUUAUAUAUGUUGGUCAUUGUAUUGUACCAGUGAAAUGCCAAAUUGGAAAGGCCUGUACUACAGUUUUAUAUGUCAAGUAUUGCCUGUGGCUGUAAUAUGCACCUCAAGAUUUUAAGGAGAUAAUGUUUUUAGAAAGAAUUUCUGCUUCCAAUAUAGAAUGUAUACAUAAAUGUAAAAUAUUGACAAAAGUGGAAGUAGUGUAUUUUAAAAUAAUUACACUUCUGAAUUUAUUUUUCCUAUUCUAUAGUUGAUAUGACUUAAUACUGGAAUGGGUAGUGAGUGUACUUAUUUUAAAUUUUUUGAUUCUGUUAUAUUUUCAUUAAGUUUUUUAAAAAUUAAAUUGAAUAUUAAAUUGUAUGGACAUCAUUUAUUUUAAACUGAAUUCCUAAAUAAAUAAUAUUCCAUUUCCUAAAUAAAUAAUAUUCCAUUAAGUUUUUAAAUGAAGAUGAAUUAUCCCCAGUCAAAAGCAUGAUGACAUGAGUUUAAAUAGAAGAAUCUUGGAAGAAAAUGGGCUAAAUUCAAAGUAUUCAGCAUCAAAAUGUUCUAGAGUGAUUAUCUGCUAGAUUCUGAGUCAGUCAUCACAUCUAACUGGAGACCAUUUGCUUUGUAGAUGAUUCGUAUAUAUUUAGGUCUGCACUUGUAAGGCAGUGAAAGGUUGACAACUAAAGCCCAAGGCCAAAUUUGGACUGGUUUUUUUGUUGUUGUUAAAUAGCAUCUUGUAGGGCUGCCCUCUCAGACAGCAGCAUUGAAAGUGAGUAGUUGCAGUAGUGAACACAUGGCCCAGAAACCUGAAAUGUUUAUCUGGCCCUGGCGGAUUGUGCCUUGAAUUUUAAGAGAAAUGUUGAUUUUCAGGGAAGGUAGGAGGUUAAGUAGAUACAGAGUUUGUCUCUCAUCCUUUCUUUUCUCUUUUAAGAAUCUGAUUAAAUGUGAAAUUUUAAAAAAUUGAAAAGCCAUAAAUCAUCUGUCCUGAACAAUUACAUGAGAAAGUAUUUUAUUAGUAUUUUCUUAGAAUAAUUUAAUUAGAGGUGAGUUACCUAUUUUAAACAUCUUUUAUAACAUUAAAAAUAUAGGUUUUUGCAGAUGAUUCUAAAUACUUGUUUAAUGAGAAUAAUAAGUUUUAUUCACUUUCAGUAAAAGUUUUCAUCUUGUAAUUUAUGGUAGAAAAUAACUAAGAUUUUAAAUGUAUCUAAGUAAAGAUUAGUAGUAUUAAAAAGAAUACAUCUUUUCACAAAAUGUGCUCUAAAGGGGCUUAAAGAAUUAAAAGAAACUAUUACAAAUAACUGAUACCACCUGUAAGUUUGAUUUUAUUUGUUUAAACACUGGAAUCGAACUAAAGGCAAUAUUCUUUCUGUACUGUGAAUAUCAGCAAUUUCAAAGUAUCUAGAGGAGUUUUAAGACUUUCAGUGAAGACUAAAAUCUGUACUUUUGAAUAUGGCCAUAGAUUGCAGGGUGGGAUGAUUAAUUCUGUUCACUAUUACUCAUUUGUAACUGAUUAACCCUGAAUUUCCAUCACUGAGCACCACUCUGAGUAGCAGUGGUUAGCAUAGGUACCAGGUAGAACUCUGCUGUGUCACCCUUUAAAUCAGCCUCACUGUUUCAGAUAAAAGCAAAUGUCGUGUGGCUUUCCUUAAGUCAUUAGAUGUGCAACUGACAUCAGUUAUCCCUCUCAAUUCAUAAUAUAAAGUAUUUGUAUUUUAAAUAGAAGAUAGGUGUUCUGUAUUAAGACUCUUUAUUUGUACUCUAGAGUUAAAGUGGUUUUAGUGAUUAUCCCUUAUUUCCUUUAUUGCAAUAAAUUGUUACAAAAAAUAUUUUAUCAUUUGGAAAACUAGAACGAGGAAAAAUGACAAGGUAUUUAUUGCUCUGUUUGCUAUAUUUAGAAUUAAACACUUAAAACAAGUAUUUUGUAGUUUUACAUUCCUUUUUAACCCAUUCAGUGGAGAACGUCAGUUUUUCUCCAGUUGUAUGUUAAGUCAAUUCUAAUAUAUGUAUUCAGCAUCAUAGAUAAACAUUUUAUAAACAUGGAAAUAAAGUUUAGCUCUAUUAGUGAAA